AACAAAGCCCGACGCUCACUUAAUGGAGUGUGUUGGUGGCUUGUUUAUAAUUAAUUUACUCGCUGCCCAGCAGGCAGCCGAUGCUGCUGCUGCUGCCCCCAUGGUGGGGGUCCGGGCGGCUGUCGGGGGCGCCGCGUGCCGCCCUCUAGCGGCCGCGUCCCGGCCGCGCCACUAGCCGAGCCCCGCGGCCACCCAGCGCCUCAAUGGCGGCCUAAGGCGGCGCCCUCCCGUGUUGGCCUCCCGUGGACGCUCGCGAACGCAUCCGACGUCGGCGGUCAGAAAGGAACAGCGCAUCGAACCCUCGGGUCUCUCGAGCGUCCGGGCGGCCUCACAAACGGGCGUCCGGGACCGAUUUUAUCGGCGGAUGUCGACGGAUUGUCCCGCUGCCGGGCGGGCCGGGCCGGGCGGGCCGGGCGGGCCAGGCGGAGCGGACAAGGCGGGCCGAGUGGGCCGGACGAGGGCGCGUGCCGGCCGGCGGGUCCGGCUAGGCGACGGCGAGGCUCGGCCGCGGCCCCGGGGAAGGCGCUAGGCCGCUCAUGGCGGCCGCGGACGGGGAAGGCGGUGGCGACGCGCAGAGGGAGCGGAGAGGGAGGCGGCUACCGAGCCCCGAAGCGUUCGCGAGUCGACCCUGGGCCACCCUGGUGGACGCGGCCAGGGUUCAGUGCGGGGAUGGACCUUCUGACUGGGAGGAUGUUGGUGCCGCUGGCACUGGAAAGGAUUCGUCGCACAAGAACCGUGAAGUCAUGCGGCUCAACAGAGAAGACAUGCACCUGUUUGGACACUGCCCCUCGCAGGACGAGUUCUACCUGGUGGGGUGCCGGCUCUGCAGCCGCUUCCUCAAGCCGCAGGCGCUGCAGGCGCACUACGAGAGGCGACACCGUGACCACGCGGUGACGGGUGCCGCCACGCAGCCUCCGCCACCCCCCGCUGCUACCGCCACCUCCACCACCUCCGCCGCUGCUUCCGCUUCACGCUCGGCUCGCGAGCUGCGGGAGCGACAGCGACGCUCCUCUCGUGCCGGGCCAUUGGUACGGGUGCGGCCGGGAGACCGAAGUCGCAAUGCCAGCGCCUCCCAGCCGCCCAGGUCAUCGGACAAGCAGUGCACCAGCGCGCCCAUGCCCAUCGUGAGUCUACAGAAACUCGACAGCGCCACCACUCCCCUGCGCACCACCACUACCACCACCUCUUCCUCCUCCUCCUCCUCCACCACCUCCUCCACCGCCACCUCCGCCAAUACCUCCUCCUCUAGGCCGCCGCCUCCGUCUGCGCCACCGCCCCCCUCCUCCGUCGUGCGGAACUCUUCAUCGCUCGCUCCCAAACAACCCACGGCGCCAGCGACCAGGCCAGCACCAUCAUCGUCAUCGCCACCCUCCACACCUCCACCACCGCCGUCGUCAUCUUCAUCAUCAUCAAAACCACAGGGUGGCGGAGGCGGCGGCGGCGGCGGUGGGGGUACAAAGACGCAAGCCAGGCCCGAAGGCCCCAGGGUGAACUCGCUUUCUGCUGGUAGCGGCGCCACCUCUUCAUCGUCGUCGCCGUCGUUGUUGUUGUCUUCCGUCAAAUUGGGAUCGUCGAACUCGGUGUCGCUGCCGGUGCGGCAGAACUCUACCGCUGCUACCUCAUCGGCCGCUCCCCCUGCGCCGCUCUGCGGGUCUCCCGUUCCUCCUCCGCCUCCUCCUCCUCCUCCUCCUCUUCUUCCUCCUCCUUUGCUGCCACCGCAAGCAGCGGGCGGAGGCAACGGCGGUGGCCGGCGUCGCCCCCCGCCGGCGUCUCCCUCGCUCCGAGCCGGAGCCGUCGCCAACAGCAGCAGCAACAACUACCACCACCACAACCACCACCACAACAACAGCAACAAUAACCACCACAACCACAACCACGGCACCGGAGCCAACGCGGCCGCGGUCGUCCCGAACGGGAAGGGCCCCGCCGCGGAGAUCGCCCGGAGGCGGGAGGACGGGAGGAGCGUCCCGCACCGCAAGGCGGCGCUGGCGCGAGAGCCGGACGCCGGGCGGCACCGUGGCGGCACGGACGUGGAGAGCGGCCGGCGGCCCUGCCUGCGCUCGCUCGCCUGCAAGACCCCCGCCUCACCGGGCCAGCGCCGCUCGGCUCACUCGCGCCGCAAGGGCAACGGCACCGCCGCCGACGUCGCGGCGACGCCGGCCCCGGAGCACCGCUCGCGCUCGCACAGCCGCGACGGAGCCCGGCAUGGCGCCGCGCCGCCCGGGCCCUCGCCGGCGCCGCCGCCGCUGCUCGCGCCGGCCGCCGGAGCCGGGUGGCGCGGGGAGGACGUCUUGACGGUGCAAGCGGACGGGGCGGGAGAGGAUUGGGCGGGCGCUGGCGACGGAGUCAACGCUUUGGCCAAACUCCGCUCGUUCAAUCCCAGGUCCCACACCCGUAACCUCCAUGCGGUAACAACGGUGGCGGCUCGCGGUGGCAGCGGCGACGGCGGCGUUUCAACCUGGCCGUCCCCGCCACCGCAGCAGCAGCAACAACCGCCGGCGUCGUCGUCAUCAUUUGAGAGUGGCGAGGCUGCCCCUCCACCGCCCUUCUACGUGGUGGGGGGCAGCCCCUGCCCCCGCGGUAGCGGCGCGGGGUGGCACACGUCCAGCGACGAGGGCGGCUGCCCCGACGAGCCGAACGGAGGGGCGAGCGGCGGGGUCGGCUCAAGCGGCGGUAUCGGCGACUUGGGGAGCGAGGGACUGGUGCUUGCUAGACACCCGGCACCGCUGGGGGUGUGCACGUUUGGCGCGCGGCAGCUGUCCCCCGGGCUGCACUCGUUCUCGCGCACGUGGGGUCACUUCCGCGUGGCCUUCUCCUGCAUGGUGGAGCGCCACCUGAGCACGCACAUGUGGAGGAGAAUCCCCGCGGCGUGCGAGCCCUUGCCGCCCACGAUGCCCGUUCCAGCCGCCGUCGGCACCGCGGCCGCCGCGUCCUCCUCCUCUCGGCCCUCCCCGUCUCCUGGCAACUGCGGCAAACGCGUCGCCACGGCGAGCGCCGUUCCGACUCCGUCCCCUCCAGCGCCGCGCCGCUCGCCCGCGCCGCGCAAACCCGGCAGGUGCCGCCCCCGGCCGGGGCGGCCGGCGAGCCGCGAGGCGACUCCGCCGAACCCGGGCAGCGCCGCCAAGAAGAAAAAGUGCAGCGUCGCCGCCAGCGUCGCCCCCGCCGCGGCCGCCGCGCCCUCGUCUUCCGCCUCUUCCUCCUCCUCCUCGUCGUCGGCCGCGGCCCCAGGGCCGGACGCCCCCAAGCGGAACUGCGUAGCUCUGUCGAGCGGCGCCGACUCGGGAUGGGUGGCGGCCGCGGCGCCGGCGGCCGCGGUGCAACCGCCGCCGUCGCGUCGGCGCAGUUCGCCCUCACCGUCUUCAUCGUCCUCCUUCUCGUCAUCGUCCUCCUCGUCGUCCUCCUCGUCGUCUUCGUCAUCGUCGUCGGGGUCCUCGUCCUCAUGCUCCUCCUCGUCGUCGUCGGCGGCGUCGUCGCCGCGCCACCGCGGUAGCGGCGGCGGAGCCGGCGGCGGCGGAGCCGGCGUCCGAAGCGGCGGGCACCGGCAGAGGGCGGGUGCCAACGCCGCCGCCACUCCCCCGGCAACGGCCGUGGCGGCGACACGUUCGCCGGCGCUCCCCAGCAAGCAGCACCAUCGCCAUCACCACCACCAUCACCACCACCACAACCGCCACCAGCAGCCGCAGCAGCCGCAGCAGCCGCAGCGGAACCAGCCCUCCGCUGCCAACCACGCAAACUCGCACACACCGCCCUUCAAGCCGCCUGAAGGCAAGAAGGGGAAGGGCGGCGGCGGCGGUGGCGGCGGUGGCGGCGGUGGUGGCGGUGGCGGCGGAGGCGGAGGCGGAGGCGGAGGCGGCGGCGGCGGCGAAGGCGGCGGAGGCGUGGAGGGCCGGGCGGCGGGCCCGACCCUGAAGGCGAACAAGGUGGCGAAGGCGGUGGACAUGGACUGUGUCCACGCCAGGACGCACGGAGCGCGGGGCCACAGAAGCAGCGAGAGGACGCUCGUCGGGCGGCACGACAAGAGCACCGGCCUGGCGUCUCCCGGCCGGCAGAGGCCCUCCUCCACGCCGAGCCCCCUGCACCGGCCCGCGAGGUGACGAUGGCCGUUUGGCACAGACGAGGGAAGGAAAAACACGACGACUAAAAACGCGAAGCAACCGACGGAGCAGGCGCCGAACGGAGCAGGCACCAAACGGCGGCUCCCCGGACAGCCCUGCCCGGCGCCAAGUCACUGCGGGACCCCGCUUUAAACCCCCCUGCUGACUGCGGGCCCACCCACCCACCCCACCAAACCAUCGCUCCCGGGGUCGUCUUCAUCGCUGCCCGUUUUCCACCAAAAAAGAAAUGAACACGAACUCGCGGACGUGGCUGCUGCUGCUGCUGCAACGGGGGGGGGGAGGGGAGGAACGGCACGUUGGGGGAAUUUCGCAAAUUCAAGAAGAUGCCCCGGUGGUGGGGAACUUUUGGCUGGUUUUACAGACUCGCGCGAAACACAAGUCCAAAGAUGCACUCGGCGCGACACGACCCCCGCCCAGUCCGAAGCCUGCCGCCGUCGGCGUCGGCGCCACCUCCCGGCGAGCCUCGCGCCGUGGCAGAGGGUAAAGUAAAAAAACUGGGACGUUGCAAGCAAGUGUUACUCCGACGCAAUAACGGGGGGCGGGGCGGGGGGGUGGGGACCUCGAGGGGAGUUCACGCGCACCGCUCUGCAGGGAGGCCGCCCGCGUCUUUCUUUUUCUGUUUGUUCUUCUGUCGCGAACAUAUUUCCCGUCGGGUCGCGCUCGAUUUUUUUAAAAAGAAACAAACUUCUUCACCUGCUGCCUGGGGGCGGAGAGCAAACCCGGAGGAGGUUUCGGGGCAGAACUGGAGUCCGUCGCGCUCGCAUCGGGGGAGAUCGCGACGCUCUUCUCGGUCGUUCUCCGUUCGCUCGGCGACAAACUCCGAGACGCCUUCCUACCCCGCGCGCCCCGUUUUUUUCAUCGUUUAACUUAUCGCGUUUUUAAUUUCCAGUGUAAAUUUCGAUCUCAACAGGCUUGUACGAAUUUUAUUUAAUUUUGAUUUGGGGGCCGAUGGCCCUCGACUCUGCGAGUGUCGGCCGCUCCUGAGCUGCUACUAACGGUUUUCCUGCAGUCGACGUCUUUCUAACGUUUGAGCCAGAAAAAUUAAUUGUACUUUUUUUCUUUUCGCCGGUAGAAAUUCGGGUGGCGGUGGGUGGGGGGGGGGGGACUCGAGUCGUGGACACUGGGUAAUCGCGCUCACAAACGCACACUCACUCGCUCGCUCUCUCUCUCUCUCUCGCUCCUCUCUUAUUUUUUUUUCGAUCAAAUCAGACUUUAAUUCGUUGCAACAAAAAAAUCGCAAUACAUAGUUGCUUCACGGGCAUGAACAAUAGCAAUGAAAUUCUAGGCAAAAUAAAAUCACGUUGUAACAUGUUUCUAGCGAAGGGAUCAUAAAAGUAACGCAACAUAAUCAUAAUUAAAAAUUAUGUUUUAAAAAAAAAGUUAGGAGUCAUUCAAUAAUUUUGAAGCCCUCAGAUGCCCUGGCAAGCUGUGCCACACGCGACUUGCGUGGCACAAAUGAACAAAAACACCACACCAAUUAAUCAACACGUCGCUCCUCUCUCUCGCUCCUCUCUCUUGCUCCUCUCUCUUUUGUUUUUACGAUCAGUGGAAACAAGAAGAUGCUUGGUGUAGUCGGCACUUUGCUUCGUUCAUCAUUUCGUAUUUUUUUUUUACUUUGCUUUAUUUAACCCUCUCUCGCUCACGCUCUCGCUCCCUCUCUCGCUCACUCUCUCGCUCACUCUCUCGGUCACUCUCUCGCUCACUCUCUCGCCCACUCUCUCGGUCACUCUCUCGCUCACUCUCUCGCUCACUCUCUCGCUCACUCUCUCGGUCACUCUCUCGCUCACUCUCUCGCUCUCUCUCGUUCUGCACGCAGCCCUUCUCGCAGUCCAACGGCCUCCGACGGGUAGCUCAUAAUUGCAUGCAGAGCUCCCCGUCAUCUGCCACUGAGCACACGGCCUCCUCCAUCGCCCACUGCUCCUUGAAGGCCGGCACGGCGUGGGUCAGAAACGUGAUUGGGAUGCCCAACCUCUGGGACACCGCGAUGAGGUCAUUGACCAGGAAGAUGCCGUCGUGGAUGGUUCGUCCGGGGAUGGUGUAGGACUGGUCCCUGUUUACGACUUGUGCAAUCACCCCUUUCAGUCGCAGGGAGAGAGCCUUCGUCAAUAUUUUGUAGUCUGUGUUCAGGAGGGACACCGGACACCAGUUUUGUAGGUGCCUCAGGUCUCCAUUUUUGGGAAGCAGAGUGAGCACCGCCCUCCAACACUGAGGCAUCACCCCGGUGACAGAGGCUUCCUCCAGCACCUCUCUGUAGUCCUCCCGUAGGGAUGGCCAAAAAGCGGCGUAAAACUCCCCUGUUAGCCCGUCUAACCCUGGGGAUUUAUUUGGGGCCAGACCUCUUGCAGCUGCGUCAAGGUCAUUCCUGGUGAGCUUUUGCUCUAGCAGCUCUUUCCCGUCUUCCCCCAGGGUGGGUAGACCACUCCAUGCCUCCGCCUGGGCCGCUCCCGAUGUUUCUUCAGGAGAAAACAGGCUGCCGUAGAAGUCUCUGAUGAUGGUCGACUUCUGCUGGAGUUCGUGCGCCGGGACACCGUCACCAUCAAAGAGGCACUCCAUGGAUUUGCGUCUCCCGUUCUGCCUCCCGAGGGAGUAGAAAAGCGGGGGUCCCGUGUCGAGGUCGGUGAUGAGCUUCACCCAGGAUCGCACAAACGCUCCCCUCGUCUGCUCCUCCUGUAGGCCUUUGAGACGCUCCCUAUUCUCGUAUUCUCUGAGAAGAGCAGGGUCACUGUCCUCGGCGAGACGACUCUCCAAAUCGAGGACUCGUGCUUCCAUGUCGGUGAUGUCCGCGUUCUUCAGUCUGGCACAACAGCCUGGUGUGCACUUUUCCCAUAUCCCACCACUGGGCCAGCGAGUCGAACUGCGUUUUGGUUUUUCGCCAGAAGUCCUCGAAUAUUUCUAUGAUGGCGCCAUCCUCCAGCAGCGAGUUGUUAAAAUGCCAGUGGGACGCACCCUCGCGGGCCCUCUCCAGCCUGACACGGAGCACGAUGAGGUUGUGGUCCGUGAAGGGUGCCGCCCUGAUGCCAGACGUUAUGGCGCACGUCACAAAGCUCUUAGAGAUGUAAAAUCUGUCGAGCCUGGACUGUGUCACCGAGCCAUCGCGCCUCGUCCUCGUGUACGUGAACUGGCGUCGGCCCGGGUGAUGUAUGCGCCACACAUCCACCAAGGCGGCAUCCUCCAGUGGUCCCUGCAUUUCCUUCUUCGGCCCAACUCCCCCCGGCUGCCUCCCCAAACGAUCCAGGGCGCCGAUUGUGCAGUUGUGGUCGCCACCCACAAUCACGCACUCGUCGUCCGGGAUCCCAGCCAGGUGCCUCCUCAGGAGGUGCAGGAACGGGAUCUUCUCCUUGUUGGUACACGUUCAGUAGGUGGGUGGUGACAUCGCCCAUCCUGACCGUUACCGCGAGCAGCUUUCCCUUCACUUCGGUCUGGGUGAUGAGCUUGGGAUGUAACCCUUUAGCAAACAGGGUCGCGACUCCUCUCUCUCGCUCGCUCGCUCGCUCCUCUCUUUAAUUUUUUUUCGAUCAAAUCAGACUUUAAUUCGUGCAACGAAAAAAUCGCAAUACAUAGUUGCUUCACGGGCAUGAACAAUAGCAAUGAAAUUCUAGGCUAAAUAAAAUCACGUUGUAACACGUUUCUAGCGAAGGCAUCAUAAAAGUAACGCAAGAGAAUCACAAUUAAAAAUGAUGUUUAAAAAAAAAAAGUUAGUUAGGAGUCAUUUUAAAUGGUGCUCAAUAAUUCUGAAGCCCCCAGAUGCCCUGGCAAGCUGUGCCACACGCGACUUGCGUGGCACAAAUGAACAAAAACACCACGCCAAUUACUCAACACGUUGCUUCUCUCUCGCUCCUCUCUCUUUUGUUUUUACGAUCAGUGGAAACAAGAAGAUGCUCGGUGUAGUCGGCACUUUGCUUCGUUCAUCAUUUCGUAAUUUUUUUUUUACUUUGCUUUAUGUAACCCCUCCUCUCGCUCACGCGCUCACUCACUCUCUUUCGCUCCUCUCUGACGCUCGCUCACCCACUCACUCGCACAGGCAGGUCCCUGUUGCUUUCUAGAAUCGCAGUUGGGGCCAAAAUAAAAAAAACGCUCGCAAAGAUAUCUCUGAACGAGAAACGACGGCGGUCGCUGCGGCCGGUCCACGAAAGCUCUUCGCUGCGACGAACGAACAAAAGACUCCCAACCCCCCCCCCCCCCCUCGUGCUUCGAUGGGAUUCGCCUUCGUUUGUGCUCGUCGGCGCUCCCCAAGCGUCGAUGUGUUUGCUGUCGGUCCCCGCGGGUGCCUGCGCACGCGGCGUCAAGUGGCAUUAUGGCGCGAGUGGAGGUUUCGCGAAGCUGAGCGUCACGAGAAAUCGCACUCGUGGCGGGAGACGGUACAGCAGUCGCUUUGUUUUUUUAUAAAUUAUUGUUGUUGUUGAUCGAGUCACGCACACUAAGGCAGGAACGUGAACGCUGCGUUCCUCCCAGCGUUGUGUCACGGUGCAGGUUGACCGGUUUACCCAGGCCCCGUGACGAUUCACGCACACAGCCCCCCCCCCUCCCCCCCCAUCUCCAAGCCAUUCCAUUCGUUUUAUUUUGCCGCAAGUCGUUUGCGUUUGGCCUUCGCGGCGGAUUCUGAGCGCCUCCUGUGGCUGCAGGGUUUACACGACGCGAGAUUUGAGUCCUCGCUUUGAAUCUCGUUUUCAUCAGCCACCGACACGCUCCGAACGCGGAGUGCCGGUGACCGUAUGGACGAGAUGGAUUUUAGUAACUUACGUCAAUUCAGAUUUUCGUUUCCGGUGGUCGCCCUCGUCGCUCCGCGCUGGCGUCCAUACCCGAGCGUGUCGGUGACCGCCGUACGAACUGCCCUCUACGCCCCCCAUUCCCUUCAACAAAUCGUCGUCGUCGUCAACAGCUGCUGGGCUCUGUCCACUGCCGGAUAAGAGGGCCCCCUCCCCGCACCGUGCGCUUCCCACGAGGCAGAGAACGCCCAGCGGGAGGCGGUGACGUCGGGCGAACGCCGCGGCCGCGCGUGCGGCCACCCCAACGGCCACCCGUUUGUGGCGGCCACUCCGCGUGGCGCAUUCCACCCCGGGGCCUGCGGAAAUUGUUGGUUGUCCACGCGUGCACCUAUUGGGGCGGGGGCCCGGUGUGUUUGUCGUUCAGCUCCGUGCGCGUUGUCGGUUGUUUUAUUGGACAUCGGUCCGGUUCACCGCGCACGACGUCCGCGCGAAUCGGUGGAGCGGGCCCCCGAGUCUUGCGACCGACGGUGAAUUCCGGCGGGCGACCGCAACGGACGUCUUGCCGAGUUCACGUGCCGACGCUUUUGUUCAGCCCGCUGGUGGACGGUGGCCUCCCCAGGCCGCACGUGGGUCUUGACCGUACUUCGCCGUGCUGGUCAGUGCAGGGCGGCGAGGGUGGGCAGGGUAGACGUAGGUAGAGUACAUUGCUUUUUUGCUGCACCGCCCACAACGUAGCCUGUAGCACCUGCUAUGCAUGGUGGCCACCCACCGAAAAACACGAUCCAGGCUCAAAAUCCCGCUUCGCUUCUGAGACCGGAUGAGAUUGGGCACGUGUUUAGGGUAUGGUUAUUAUUGCUGUAACUAAUGAAUGCUGGGAAUAGGUGUUGAGUCACUAUCGAUGGGACACAGCACCUACUGAGGUAUAUAUACACACACAGUACACACAGAUAUAUACAGAGCCAAGAGGUCAUGAAUUGUCAUCUUUGUUGGCCUUGAUCAAUCCACUGCUGGAUGAAGGCCUCCCCAAGAUGCCGAUGUGUAGCAACGCGCCGAUCACCACCUGCACACGAGCUGCUUUCACCGCUCCGUCUCUUUGGGGGACGUCCUCCCCGUCGUCGUCGGCCAACGAUUUCAACGUGUGGACGAUUUUAUGUGAAAAUAUUCACGAAUGCUUCCAGAGUCGUCCCCUCCCCCCCCCCCCCCCCAAAAAAAAAAAAACUACUUUGGGGGUUUGAGUCGCGUGUUCGCGGUGACGCCCGCGUCCUCCGCUUGAUGUCCCCGCCGCUGGUACGUCGUUCCGCCAAAAACAAAAAUACUAAAUUCUCCGAAACCACGUCGCGGCCAACGCACGAGGUCUCGCCGCUAUUCCGCGGUUUAUUCCAUUCGGCCUCGGGCAGCCGGUUUGCGUACGCAGCCCGCGCAUCAAUUCAUAGUUUGGAAUCUGUCAAAUUGGAACUUUUGUCGUCGUCGUCGUCGCUGUUCGUCGUCGUAACCUUUCUCUUUUCUUGUUGCGUAAAAGAAAUUUAUUUUAUUUUCACCUUUCGUUUCUUUUGUGUGUAAAAAAACAAUCUCCCACCAGAACAAGCCAUGUUUUAUGAAAUACAAAAGACCCAAACAGAGUACACGGCCGCGCUGGAAAUGGUCAAACUGGAAGCGCACGACUUGAGGGGGGCGGUGGUAGAGGAGGGGGCGGUGGGGGGGGGGCCCCGGGAGAGAUGCCCCCCCCCCCCCGGGGGAGAGGUGCCCCCCCCCGAAGAUGGCCUGCGAGAUGGAAUCGGGACGCGAACGGCCCCGAUUGGCAGCAAAAACCCCUUUUGCUUCAGCGAUGUACAGUUGCAUUUGAUUUUUUUGGUAAAGAAAUAUGAUGUGUAUAUGUAGAUAAAUAUAUAUUAAAUAAUUUAUACGUUAUUUAUAAAAAAAAGUGAAAAUGGGGUAAAAAAAAAUAAAGCGAUUUGAAGUCAA